GGCGGGCAGCUCAUGGAGCCUGGGCUACUGCGGCCGGCGCCGGUCAGCGAAGUCAUCGUCCUGCACUACAACUACACUGGCAAGCUCCGCGGCGCUCGCUACCAGCCCGGCGCGGGGCUGCGCGCCGACGCCGUCGUGUGCCUGGCGGUGUGCGCGCUCAUCGUAUUGGAGAACUUGGCCGUGUUGGUCGUGCUAGGGCGCAACUCGCGCUUCCACGCGCCCAUGUUUCUGCUCCUGGGCAGCCUCACGCUGUCUGACCUGCUGGCCGGCGCGGCCUACGCCGCCAACAUCCUGCUGUCCGGGCCGCUCACGCUGCGUCUCUCACCGGCGCUUUGGUUCGCGCGCGAGGGAGGAGUCUUCGUGGCGCUCGCCGCAUCGGUGCUGAGUCUCCUGGCCAUCGCGCUCGAGCGCCGCCUCACCAUGGCGCGCCGGGGACCCGCGCCCGCCUCCCGUCGGGGUCGCACGUUAGCGCUGGCGGCCGCCGCUUGGGGCGCAUCGCUGCUCAUCGGGCUGCUGCCGGCGUUCGGGUGGAACUGCCUGGGCCGCCUGGAUUCCUGCUCCACCGUGCUGCCGCUCUACGCCAAGGCCUACGUGCUCUUCUGCGUGCUCGCCUUCGUCUGCAUCCUGGCCGCCAUCUGUGCGCUCUACGCGCGCAUCUACUGCCAGGUGCGCGCCAACGCGCGGCGCCUACGCGCGCGGCCUGGGGCUGGCGGAGGCUCCCUGCACCGGGCACGCCGCACGCCUCGCACGUUGGCACUGCUGCGCACACUCAGCGUGGUGCUCCUGGCCUUCGUGGCGUGCUGGGGUCCCCUCUUCCUGCUGCUGCUGCUCGACGUGGCGUGCCCGGCGCGCGCCUGCCCGGUUCUCCUGCAGGCCGACCCCUUCUUGGGCCUGGCCAUGGCCAAUUCGCUUCUGAACCCCAUUAUUUACACGCUUACCAACCGCGACCUGCGCUAUGCGCUCCUACGCCUCGUCUGCUGCGGCCGUCGCCCCUGUGGUCUAGGACCCGGAGGUUCCCGGAGGCCCAAGAGUGCGGCGGGGGUUUCGGGCGGUCUGCGCCACUGGCUGCCUUCCGGCACGGACGCCAGCUCCAGCCGUUCUGAGCGCUCGUUGCCCCGUCGGGAUGGACUGGACACUAGCGGCUCCACUGGCAGCCCGGGCGCACCCACAGCCGCCCAGACCCUGGUGCCCGCGCCUGCUGCAGACUGACGCAUGCAGGCCCACCAUCGCCUCCCCCACGUGCUGUGUUUGCAGACCUUUUAAGUAAAGGAUGGAGUCGGCAAGGCAGCCGAAGGUCGCAGACUGGGUAAAUGUCAAAGGAAGCAACACCCCAUUUACUGCGAGCUUAUGUGUACCAAGCAUCAGAUCAGGCCCUAGGGACGCCGCAGUGCACAAAACAGACAACACUGUGCCCGAAGAAAUACAGCAGACACGUCUGUGACAAUGUGAGGGUGGUGUCCGUGAUGGCGGACCUGAAGGAAGAGCCUUCUGGGAGGAAGGAACAGCAGGUGUGAAGGCCCCGAGGCUAGUGAAAACAAGGAUCCUGGUGUGUGGGAAUCAGUUACCCAGUGGGGGGAGCAGGCAGAGACAAGGGUAGGGAGGUGAUAACCACAUGUGUA